GUGGAUUAUUUGCAUUUUCUGCUCUUCUGCUAUUGGAGUGUUGUCUGUGAUGGAACCGCUCUAAAGCUGCUUUAUUUUAUUCACCGAGAGGUCCCCUGGGAAACAUCUAAAACAUGAGCAUGUCACGGAACCGGUCGGAGGCAGAACUGGACACAGAGAUGAAAGCGUUAAAGUUCUGCAGAAACAGCCAGCAGGAGGCGCUGUCUCCUUAGGAAGCUGAGGAGGAAGUUUCCCUUCUUGUAAUCAGACAUUAAAGUUCUUCACUGAAUCUGCUGACAGUGAACUUCCUGUGAGCCCACACCAUCAUACUCCCCCCUCCGUGUCAGACUGGGUGCAGUAGGACCCAGAUGCUGUCUGAACCUGCAGACGGCUCCUCCAGUGACCGCUGCGUCUGCGCUGCUCCUCAGGUCGUGCUACAUGGCGUUUCCCGCCCUGCAGCUGGCUCUGGCUCUCAGCUGCAUCAUGGGACUCGUCAUGUUUGCUCAUCACUGCGACCAGGACGUCUCUGCUGGUCUGGGCGGCGCCUCCAGAGAUGCAAUGGUCAUCUACUUCGUGAUGGACAUGCUGCGGGGCGUGCAGGGGCUGCCCGGACUCUUCGUCGCCUGUCUGUUCAGUGCGGCGCUCAGCACCAUCUCCUCGGCCUUCAACUCUCUGGCCACGGUGACCAUGGAGGACCUCAUCAAGCCGCAGUUCCCCGCCAUGUCAGAGGAGCGAGCGACUCUGCUGUCCAAGUCUUUAGCGCUCUCCUACGGCCUCCUGUGUCUGGUCAUGGCCUACCUGACUCACCUGAUGGGGGAUUCGGUUCUGCAGGUGGCUCUGAAGAUCUUCGGGAUGGUGGGGGGUCCAGUUCUCGGGCUCUUCUGUCUGGGGAUGUUCUUUCCAUGGGCCAACGCCACCGGCGCAGGAACCGGUCUGGCUGCUGGUCUGGCUGCGGCCUUGUGGGUCGGCAUCGGGAGCAUCGUGACCCGCAGCGGCGCCGGCAGGACGCUGCCCGUGAACUGCAGCGCCGUCACGCCGUCACACAACUCGUCUGCGGUCGGGGGGGCUGUGCUGAGGGAGCCGAGCGCCCUGCAGCGGUUCUACUCGCUGUCCUACAUGUGGUACAGCGGCUUCAGCUGCGUCAGCGUGGUUCUGGUGGGGCUGGCCGUCAGCUUCCUCACAGGAGGAGGACCUGACUCCAGGAACCGUCUUCCCUCUGUUCGGGUCCGUUCUCCGUUUCCUGCCUGACGAGCUGAAGUUCUGCUGCGGGGACCGACUGACCACGUCUCUGCCGGAGCGUCCAGAACCUCCUCACAAAACCGCCAAAGGGCUUCCCGCCCUGGAGGACGCCGGAGAGACGGCGAGUUUCCUCCCAGACGUCCACUCGCUGUUUGUGGAGUAUGAGACGGCGGUGUGAACCGUCCAACACGAAGCUCCGCCCUCAGGACGGACGGCCUCCUGUGAGGUCACGCCUGGAGAAGAACGUCUGCAGGAGUCCUUCUCCAUGAACGCUGCCUCAGGCUCCGCCCACCCCCCAGAGAGGAGGAGGGGGGUGACAUGGGCCGUUCCGCUGGAGCGUCUCCGGGUUCAGAUGAAUCCGAGGAUCCUGGACCUGCUUUUCUUUUCUGGGAAAAGAAUCUUUGGACGGUUUCUACUGUAAAAGUUCAUAACUGGAGAAUAAAGUUCAGUUAAAACGA